AUGGCGGUGGUGGCGGUGGCGGUGGCGGGGAGGUGGUGUGCACUUCUGUGUGUGUGUGUGUGUGGAGGGUUUGUGUCUCAUGAUUUACUUCUCUCCUUCUUCGCACUGUGGCUGCCCACCCACGCUGGCAGGGGUGUGGGAGGGAGGGAGCGAAAGGUUGUGUGUCUGCUGGGACUUUACUCUUCCAACACGGCAAUGAAAGUGACAGAUGAUGAGAUUGCCGAGCUGGAGAGGAACUGCAUCUCGCUUUACUAUCAGUCCUCUUGCGUCGGCGAGGCUGCUGACCGCGGUGUGACCGCCACGAUGGCCUCCAUCGCCUGCCACUCGCUUUCUUUGGCCCUUCAGGCACUGGCCGUCGCCCUCGUCACGCUUUGCUGGGCGCACUCCUGA